AUGGCGCCGACGCUCCGCGGCUCAUCACUAUGGGAGAUGCUGACGGCCCGAUCCCGCGAGGCGUCCAGUCGACUCGGGUCACCGGCAGGACCGCUGGCGGAGAGCGCACACCUCUUCUCGUCGGUCAGCCUGGCACGUCGAGACGACUACGAGGGGCCGGACCCGAGCAAGGGAGUGCUGGACCCGCACGACAUCAACAACGUCGGCUUCUUCGUGCUGUUCGCGCUGAUCGGGCUGGGGUUCGUGCUGACGGGCAUCUGGUUCUUCUUCUGGGCGAAGAACGGCGGCUUCCACUUCAAGGAGACGGACUGGGACGAAUACAAGUCGACGGUGCUGCGGCGCAAGGGGCCCAACGGAACGCUCCUGUCCGGCGCGACCCCGACGACGGAUCUGGGCGGCGGCAGCGCAUACCGCGACGUGGCCGAUCACGACGUGGAGGAGGAGGGGGGAGGAGAUGACUACGACACGAGCGAGCGGUACAACCGGCACACGUACCAGGACGACGAGGGGCGCACGGUCAUGACGGCGACGACGGCCAUAACGGGCAUCACGGCCGGGCCGUCGGAGCCGGACAAGCGGGAGGCGCGGAAGCGCAGGAAGGAGAUGCGCGAGCGCGAGAAGCGGCGCAGGGCCGAGGACAAGAGCCGCCGCGAGAAGGAGAAGCAGCCGCGCUCGGGCCGGUACGUGGGCGACGAGGGCGUCGAGGACGACGAGGCCGAGCGCGAGGCCAAGAAGGAGCUCCGCAGCUACCGGCACGAGCGGGCGGCGCGCGUCGGCGGCAUCAACAAGGACGCCGAGGGCUCCCAGUGGGACGGCUCGACGACGACGCACACCAACCCCACCGACUCGGUCGUCUCCGGCUCCCACGCGUCGGACUCCCUCCUCCUCAACAAGCAGGACACGCCCACCAAGAGCGGCAUCCGCAAGGUCUACUCCACCACGGAGCGCGUCGAGGCCGAGAGGCUGCGCAACGAGGCGCGCGAGCAGCGUCGCAGGGAGCACAGACGUCGCGAGGAGUCCAAGACCAGGUCCGCCGCCAGGGAGAGGGAGGCUGCCGCCGACCAGAAGAGGAGGGAAGAGGCGAGCAAGGCCGAGAGGAGGGAGCGCCGUCACCGCAGGGCCGAAUCGUCCAAGGGCGGCGGACGCGCCACCGGCAGGGCCGCGAGCAGGGCCAGGAGCCCCGAGGGCGCGGGGAAGGCGGCGCUCACCGCUGCUGCCGCGCCGGCCGGGACGGUGCGUAGGGAGUUCAGCUUCCAGACCGGUCCCGAGGCAGCCGAGAGCGCGCUGUCCGAGUCCCUCCUCGAGAGCUCGAACGCGGGUACCAGCGACCUCGGCACCAAGAGCUACCAUCAUCCCAUGCCGGAGCUCAGGGCUCAGAGGCAGAGGGAGAGGGAGGAGAGGAGGGCUAGGAGGGGGGGGUAUAGCAGGGGGAGGGGGGAGGAUGAGGAUGUCGAUUAA